AUGGACAGCCAGUCGGCGGAAGACAAAGGCAAGUUGCCUGUCUGUGUUCCCAUCGCAGCCGUUCACAAUGACGCGCUUGUAGCCCACACUGCUCUCAAGCUGCUCGAACAAGCUUGCGCCGGUGCGAUCGACUGCCUCCGCCAGCCCAUCUCUAUACCCCAAGCGUCGACCGUUCCGUCCACCCACCGCCCCGCGCUCGCGGUCCUCCAUAAAGACUUCCAGGCGCUGCUCACGCUCGUCUACACCUCCACCACCAAGCCUCGCCGCUGCGCGACGCUCUUCGACCCGCACGGGCGCACGCUCGCCGCGGACGUCCGCCGGCGCGCGGGCGACGUGUGCGCGGGCGUGCGGGUGUUCGCCGCGGGGCUCGUGGGCGCCGCGACGGACGACCACCUGGUGCACGCGGGCGCGGUGCACGAGCUGGUGGAGCGGGCGCGGGAGGCCCCCGAGGGGAACUUGGCGGCGGUGAAGGAGAGGUGGCGGGCGGACCGGACGAUGAUGCGGGACUCGGCGGAGGAGGUCGACGCGAUGGUCGACGAGGGGCGGAGGGGGCGGCGAGGAGGAGGAGGGGGCGGCGAGGAGGAGGAGGACGGGUUCGGGGACGACGACCUGGACGCCGGGGAUGAGUGGGACGAACUUGGGCUCGGGACGAGCAAGCGGAUGUCGGCGGCGGAGCUGGAGCGCACCAAGAAGAUCCAGCCUUUGGUGCGCUUCGUGACGCUCUACCACAAACGAGUCUUUCCAGACGUGCUCAAUGCGCUCGCGGAAUCGCCAGCAGAGGCGUUCAACGCGCAGCUAGAUGCGCUGCCUUCGCUAAGCGACGCAACGGUCCGGUCUUUGGAGGAGGUCGUCGCUGCGCUUUAUGCCCCCCAGAAGUUGGAAGCUCUAGCAGAUGCCGUUGGGUCUAUGGCGUCCGCGAUCAAUGCCGUGCACGAAGUUGUGGCCACAGAUACUCUCACUCCGCCUCCCGACCUGACGCAAGCUAUGGGCCAGCUCAGUGUUGACGGGGCUUCGAGUUGCGCAACGUCGGUAAAGAAGACGAAAGAUCCAAGAAAAUGGUUCAGGCUUGUUUGGCGCAGAUACACAAAGUGA